GUUUAUAAGUGGGAGGAGAGAGAAGAGCAGCAUCUCUGCCAAAAAAACAAUGGCGAUUUCAGCUGAAUCCAUCACUCUCUGUCUUGUAACCUACGAAACCACCAAUGGCAACCCGCCAAGAAUCCCAUUCCUAAAUCCCCAAACCGCCCAAUCAUAAAAUUUUAGUAUUUUAUUCACUCCUCUGUCAUCUUGUAUAUAAUAAUCCCUCAAUCCAAUCGCUUACACAUUGGAUUGAUCAUUAAUAUACAUUAUAUAUAUAUAUAAAGAAAAACCCUAGAUGCGUUCGUCGUGUGUUGAUUUAAUCGCCACCCACCCACCCCCACUCACUCACAGUCGGUAUUAUAUUGGAAUCUAGUCAGAAAUGCUUUCGAAAAUUCGAUUAUUGAAGUUUUCAGUGGGCUUCUCUUUCUCUUCUCCUCCUCAAAAGAAGUAUUGUAUUCCGGAAGUAGUUACAUUUGCUGCAAAGCUUCGAUCGCAAAUGGGUUCGGCUUCGUAUGCCACGUCAUCUGGUUCAAGUUUGCUUUUCCGACAGCUUUUUGAGAAGGAGUCGUCCACCUACACUUACCUCCUCGCCGAUCUUUCUCAUCCUCAUAAACCCGCUCUGUUGGUUGACCCGGUGGAUAAGACCGUGGAUAGGGAUAUUUCUCUCGUUAAAGAGUUGGGUUUGAAUCUCAUUUAUGCAAUCAAUACUCAUGUACAUGCAGAUCACGUCACCGGUACUGGUUUGCUUAAGAGCAAAGUUCCGGGAUUGAAAUCUAUUAUUUCUAAAGCAAGCAAUGCAAAAGCGGACCUCUUUGUUGAAACUGGUGAUAAAAUCUGUUUCGGUGAUCUCUUUCUCGAGGUUCGUGCAACGCCAGGUCACACUCAGGGUUGCGUUACGUAUGUCACAGGUGAUGGACCGACUCAGCCUCAACCAAGGAUGGCUUUUACGGGUGAUGCUUUAUUAAUUCGUGGUUGUGGUCGGACUGAUUUUCAGGGUGGAAGUUCUGAACAGCUUUACAAGUCGGUUCAUUCACAGAUCUUUACAUUGCCUAAAGACACAUUUCUGUAUCCUGCUCAUGAUUACAAGGGGUUCUCUGUGACUACGGUUGGAGAAGAGAUGCAUUACAAUCCCCGCCUUACAAAAGAUGAGGAAACAUUCAAAACCAUCAUGGCAAAUUUGAACUUGUCGUACCCAAAGAUGAUAGACGUAGCAGUCCCUGCUAACAUGGUUUGUGGUUUGCAAGAUAUUGAAUCCAAAGGCUCGUAAAAUCUUGCUCCAGAGGUAAUGCCUGCCUGUCAUUCAAAAGUCGAGUAAUUUGUGCAAAAUUGUUAUCGGGAAAAUUGUGGGAAUUGUAUUUACAAGUGUUGAAUAAAUUUGCCUUUUAGUCUUUACAAGGAAGGGCUAACACAUUUACUGUACUGUGGUAAAUAUGUUGUUACUGAGAAGAUAAAUAUCCCUCUUGACUUUCAUCUCUAAAUUAAAAGAACUCUUGCAA